AUAUUGCUCAAGCAAAGCUUCAACUCCCAGAUAGCCUACUGGCAAGAAUGUAUUGAGAACAGUAUGACCUGGAACAUGAAAUAAUCACAGCAAACUCUGAAUAGAGUAGCAGAAUCUUCUAGUACAUAUCUAAGGAAUAUAACACCAUCAUGAAAAGGCAACAGAAAGAACCUAACACCAUAGCGAAAAAACAAGAGGAGACGAUUGACUAUGAAGUUUAUUGCCAGUACACUCGGGUGUGGAUCCCAGACCCAGAGGAUGUGUGGAGAGCUGCAGAGAUCAUCAAAGAUUACAAGGAGGGAGAGCCCAUCCUGUACCUCAAACUUGAAGAUGAAACGCCGUUGGAAUACCGCAUCGGACCCAAAGACAACGCUCUUCCCUUCCUCCGGAACCCUGAUAUCCUGGUGGGGGAGAAUGACCUCACAGCUCUCAGCUACCUGCACGAGCCUGCUGUCCUGCACAACCUCAAAGUGCGCUUCACAGAGUCCAAUCACAUCUACACAUACUGUGGCAUUGUGCUGGUGGCCAUCAACCCCUACGAGCAGCUGCAGAUCUAUGGAGAGGAGGUCAUCAAUGCCUACAGUGGGCAGAACAUGGGAGACAUGGACCCACACAUCUUUGCUGUUGCUGAGGAGGCAUACAAGCAGAUGGCCAGAGAUGAGAGGAACCAAUCCAUCAUAGUAAGUGGAGAGUCAGGGGCAGGGAAGACCGUCUCUGCUAAGUACGCCAUGCGGUUCUUCGCCACUGUGGGAGGGUCAGCCAACGACACCAAUGUUGAGGAGAAGGUGCUGGCCUCCAGCCCCAUCAUGGAGGCUAUUGGAAAUGCGAAAACCACUCGCAACGACAACAGCAGUCGUUUUGGGAAGUACAUCCAGAUUGGUUUUGACAGGAGUUAUCACAUCAUAGGAGCCAACAUGCGCACGUAUCUGCUGGAGAAGUCAAGGGUAGUCUUUCAGGCAGAGGAUGAGAGGAAUUACCACAUCUUCUACCAGCUGUGUGCCUCGGCUAGCUUGCCAGAGUUCAAGGACCUAGCCUUGACCAGUGCAGAGGACUUCAUCUUCACAUCACAAGGAGAGAACAUCUUCAUUGAGGGGGUUAAUGAUGCUGAGGACUUUGAGAAGACCAGAGAAGCAUUUACGUUACUGGGUGUUAAUGACAGCAAUCAAAGCAGCAUAUUCAGAAUCAUAGCUUCCAUCCUGCAUCUGGGAAACGUGGAGAUCUGCUCGGAGAGAGACGGAGACUCCUGCCACAUAUUAAAGAACGACCCUCACUUGGCGCAUUUUUGCCAGUUGCUGGGGGUGGAGCUGGAGCAGAUGGAGCACUGGCUAUGUCACAGGAAGCUGGUUACCACGUCAGAGACCUACGUCAAGAACAUGUCUCGCAAACAGGCAGCUAAUGCACGCGACGCACUCGCCAAGCACAUCUACGCCCACAUGUUUGACUGGAUCGUGGAGUACGUCAACAAGUCCCUGCACACCUCCUCCAAACAACACUCUUUCAUUGGUGUUCUGGACAUCUACGGAUUUGAGACCUUUGAAAUAAACAGCUUUGAGCAGUUCUGCAUCAACUACGCCAAUGAGAAACUUCAGCAGCAGUUCAACCAGCAUGUGUUCAAGCUGGAGCAGGAGGAGUACAUGAAGGAGCAGAUCCCCUGGACGCUCAUCGACUUCUAUGACAACCAGCCUUGUAUUGAUGUCAUAGAGGCCAAGCUGGGAAUCCUGGACCUGCUGGAUGAGGAGUGCAAGGUGCCAAAAGGGACAGAUCAGAACUGGUGCCAGAAGCUGUUCGAUCGCCUAUCAAGCAGCGUCCAUUUCCAGAAACCACGGAUGUCCAACACAUCUUUCAUUGUCAUUCACUUUGCUGAUAAGGUUGAGUACCAGUGUGACGGGUUCCUGGAGAAGAACAGAGACACUGUCUACGAGGAACAGAUUAACAUUCUGAAGGCCAGCAAGUUCCAGCUCAUGGCAGAUCUGUUCCAGGACACUAAUAAAGACAGCAGCAUUUCCACAUCUUCCUCCAGCAAGUCCUCCAGGGUCAACGUGCGGGCGUCCAAACCAACACCCAAAGUCCCCAACAAGGAGCAUAGGAAAACCGUGGGCCACCAGUUCCGUAGCUCCCUGCAGCUUCUCAUGGAGACCCUGAAUGCCACCACCCCCCACUAUGUGCGUUGCAUCAAGCCUAAUGAUGAGAAGGAGGCAUUCUCGUUUGAGUCUAGGAGAGCUGUGCAGCAACUGAGAGCAUGUGGAGUCCUGGAGACCAUCCGCAUCAGUGCUGCUGGGUACCCAUCAAGGUGGACGUACCCAGACUUCUUCAACAGAUACAGAGUCCUCAUGAAGAAGUCAGAUAUGACCGUUGGAGACAAGAAGCUGGUGUGCAGGAACCUGCUGGAGACCCUGGUCAAGGACCCAGACAAGUUCCAGUUUGGUAAGACCAAGAUCUUCUUCAGAGCAGGCCAAGUGGCCUACCUGGAGAAGCUGAGGGCAGACAAGUUCCGCUCCGCCUGCAUCAAGAUCCAGAAGACGGUGCGAGGCUGGCUGCAGAGGGUCCGCUACCAGAAGAUCCGGAAGUCCGCCAUCAACCUGCAGAGAUAUGGCCGUGGAUACAUGGCCCGCCGGUAUGCGGAGCAGCUGCGUCUAACCCGCGCUGCUCUGAUCUUCCAGAAGCAGUAUCGUAUGGUCAGAGAGCGGAGGGACUAUCUAAAAGUGAGACAGGCUGUUGUCACCAUCCAGGCCUUUACCAGGGGCAUGUUAACACGCAGGAUCUUCCAGGAGUUCCUUCUGCACCACAAAGCCAUGAUCAUCCAGAAGCAUGUCCGAGGCUGGCUCACCAGGAGGAAGUUCAGGCGGGCACGGAACGCCACCAUCACCAUCCAGUGUGCCUACCGCCGCAUGCGAGCCAAGCGGGAGCUGAAACAACUGAAGAUUGAAGCGAGGUCCGCUCAACAUCUGAAGAAGCUCAACACGGGCAUGGAGAACAAGAUCGUCCAGCUGCAGAGGAAGAUGGAUGACCAGACCAACGAUCUGAAGACUCAGAAUGAGCACCUGGUGGUGGCCAAAGCCUCCCUGGGCUCAGAGGUGAACAAGCUGCAGAAGGAGCUGGAGAUGAUGCGCAGUCGCCAGGGAGAUGGCAGUCAGCUGACCUCUCUUCAGGAUGAGCUGGAGAAGCUCAGGGCUGAGCUCCAGGAAGCACACACCCACAUGAAGAAGCUGGAGGAGAAGCACAGCAACGAGAAGAUGGGACUGGAACAGAGAGUGGAGGAACUGGACAGGGAGAAUUCUAUGCUGAAGAGUGAAAAGGAGGAGAUGAACCGAAGGAUUCUGCACCACUCCAAGAGCACGGAAGACCAGGAGAGCAGUGCAUCCCAGAGUGUGGGUCGGGUCCAGGCAGAGCUGGAUGAGGAGAGGCAGCGCUACCAGAACCUGCUCAGGGAGUUCUCCAGACUGGAGCAGAGAUAUGACAACCUACAGGAGGCCAAGUUCCAACCUGGCCACAAGAGAAACAAUUCUACUCAGAGCAGCUUGGAGUCUGACUCCAACUAUCCUUCCAUUUCUACCUUGGAAUUGGGAGACACUGACGAUGCAAUCCAGGUCGUAGAGGAGAUGGGAGUGGAGAAGGCAGCAAUGGACAUUGGUGUGUUCAUGAAGCUGCAGAAGCGUGUUCGAGAGCUGGAACAGGAGAGGAAGAGACUGCAAGUCAACCUGGAAAAGAUGGAGGAUCAGGUUAACUGCAAGGGAAUUGAGCCAAAGACUACGUCGGAGCAAGAGAGUGAGGACCUGGCCUACAACAGUCUCAAGAGGCAGGAGCUGGAGUCUGAGAACAAAAAGCUGAAGAACGACCUGAACGAACUGAGGAAGGCCAUUGCUGACCGCGCCUCCCAGAACAGCUCCUCCAAUGAGCUGCAGGACGGCUACAACCUGCUGCUUGGCCAGCUCAAAGCAGCCAAUGAGGAACUGGAAGUGCGCAAGGAGGAGGUCCUCAUCCUCAGGACUCAAAUUGUCAGUGCAGCCCAUCAGAAAGAGGAGACAACCAAUCAGAUCGAAACCAAUAACGUGCCUGAAUGGACCAACAGCAAGAAGCCCAUAGACAAGGAGGAGGCUGUGAGGGCCUACCAUGGACUAUGUGAGUCUAAGAACAAAGCUUCAGACUGGGGUUAUUUGAAUGAAGAUGGCGAGCUGGGCCUGGCAUACCAGGGUCUAAAGCAAGUGGCCAGGCUGCUGGAGGCCCAGCUUCAGUCUCAGGCCAGGAAGCACGAGGAUGAGCUGGCAGCGUUCAACACCCAGAUUGAGCUGCUGAAGGACGACAUAGAGAAGAAACAGGAGAUGCUGAACCACACUAUGUCUCUGUCCCCUGAGGCCCAGGUGGAGUACAGCGUCCAGCAGGAGAUCACCCGCCUCACCAACGACAACCUGGACUUAAAAGAGCUUGUGGAGAAACUGGAGAAGAACGAGAGGAAGCUGAAGAAGCAGCUGAGGAUCUACAUGAAGAAAGUUCCAGAUAUGGAAGUGUCUUUGACUGCAGCAUCAUCCCAGCCCACCAAGGCCAAGCCACAGUUGACCCGUCAGGUGACUGUCCAGCGCAGAGAGAAGGACUUUGAGGGCAUGCUGGAGUACUACAAGGAGGACGAGGCUAUGCUGGUCAAAACACUCAUCACUGACAUGAAGCCCAAUGCUGUAUCAGCAACAGUGCCCUGCCUACCUGCCUACAUCCUCUUCAUGUGCAUCCGCCAUGCGGACUACAUCAACGAUGAUCAGAAGGUCCACUCUCUGCUCACCUCCACCAUCAACGCCAUUAAGAAGGUCCUCAAGAAAAACAAUAAUGACUUUGAGAUGACCUCCUUCUGGCUGGCCAACACGAGUCGUCUGCUGCACUGUCUCAAGCAGUACAGUGGAGAUGAGGCGUUUAUGACUCAGAACACAGCCAAACAGAAUGAGCACUGCCUGAAGAACUUUGACCUGGCAGAGUACCGCCAGGUGCUGAGUGAUCUCUCCAUUCAGAUCUACCAGCAGCUCAUCAAGGUGGCAGAGCACAUGAUGCAGCCCAUGAUCGUGUCGGCCAUGUUGGAGAGUGAGAGCAUCCCCAGCCUGGCGGGAGUAAAGCCCAUGGGUUACAGGAACCGCUCCUCCAGUAUGGACGGGGAGGGCCCGGGGAGCUACACCCUAGAGGCCCUGAUCAGACAGCUGGGCCAGUUCCACAGUGUGAUGGGCGAGCACGGCCUGGACCCAGAGAUAGCAGGCCAGGUGAUCCGGCAGCUGUUCUACAGCAUCAACGCUGUCACCCUCAACAACCUGCUGCUCAGGAAAGACGUCUGUUCCUGGAGCACUGGCAUGCAGCUCAGGUACAACAUCAGUCAGAUGGAGGAGUGGCUGAGGGGGAAGAACCUUCACCAGAGCGGGGCGGUGGUUAACAUAGAGCCCGUUAUCCAGGCCGCCCAGCUGCUGCAGGUCAAGAAGAAGACAUCCCAGGAUGCCGAGGCAAUCUGCUCCCUGUGCACCUCUCUCACCAUGCAGCAGAUCGUAAAAAUUCUCAACCUCUACACCCCGCUCAACGAGUUUGAGGAAAGAGUCACUGUGUCCUUUAUCCGAAACAUCCAGAAUCGUCUGCAGGAUAGGAACGAUGUCCCAAUGCUCCUGGUGGACACCAAGCACACCUUCCCUGUCCUGUUCCCCUACACCCCUUCCGCCCUCAGCCUGGAGACCCUGCACAUCCCUGCCAACCUAAGCCUAGACUUCCUCACUCGAGUCUGAGGCUUCAGCAAGGCCUACCACAGGCCUGGUUCUUAGCAAAGAAGAGCAGAGCCCAAAAGAGCUCCCUCUAACCUGGGUAACUUACUUCCAGCUGUUGAUCUCAACAGCAGAGGGCGACAAGACUCCAGGACUCACUGGAAGACAAAGAACCUUCCAACUGACCAACAAUGGAGUCUGUCAAGUCUCUGUCUGUGUCUGUGUAAAUCCAGCAAAAUGUGGUAUUAAGUCAUCCUUUUUACCUGUCCACAACUGCAGCCUCCCUUGGUGUCUUCUACAGCUGACUAUUGAGAUGCUGUGCUUCAAUGAUUAACCAUCAGUUCUGUCCCAUGCAGUCAUUUAUUUUAUUCAUUGUAAGAAGUCUUUAUGGUAAGACCACUGUAAUUAAUUCCUCUCACAGAUUAAAUGAAUCUGUCUAAAUGUGUGCACUCACACUUCCAUUGACAAAGCAUUAAUUUCCAGUUAGCCACUCUGCCUAGCAUUCAAGGUGUCUUGUUCUACUGUGUAACUGUCUGUCUUCCUCAUGAUGAGUUAAUUCUCUAUGUCUCAGCCGUACUCCUCUUUAGGAGCAGACAGGAGCAGUACUGCAUUGCAGUGGCUCUGCUGCACACAGCCCUGUAGCUCUGCUUCUCUCUAUCUUUCCUACGCCUUGAGGAAUCCUCAGUAUUCUGAGGCUCAAGUUUUAUUUGGUAUCUUAAAAAUAGUUUCUUCUGUCUUUAGAUCAGAGCAUGCAGUUUCCUGCAUGAUCCAGGAAGUCUGAAGCUCUCAACAGAGAGAUGUGUUGUUGUUUUUACUCUGAAUUCAAUUUAUCUGACUCUGCUAUCUCAUUGAAACGUUCGGUAUCGUCUCAGAAUAAGGAGAAACAAAGCCAAGCUUUAUGUAAGUGAGGAUUAAGUAUGUCCGAUAGAUGCAUGUGUCGGUGAACUUGAGUAGAGAGGGCAGGAGAAAGUGCAUUUUAAAAUGGAACUAGAGAGGUGUAAUACACAAGACAUUGAGUGUCCUGUGUGGAGUAAGAUAACAGCAAUUCCAGCAGGACAGUCUUAGCCUGGUUCCAGAUCUGUUUGAGCUGUCUUGCCAACUCCUGCAUGGCAUGACGAUGACUGGCAGGUGUUGGUAAGACGGCACCAACAGAUCUGUGGCCAUGCCAGGACAGUCUGCUGCAGGACAGAGCGAUUCAAUGGAAGUGAGAGACUGUUUAUUAGUAAGUGAGACCAGAGAAAAUGAGAAGUACCACCAGACAGGUAGAGGAAGAGCCACACAGCUAUCAAAGACUACUGAUGAGAGGACUAAUGAAACUUGACAGUACAUUUUGAUCCCAAGUAAUCGAGAGCGACAUUUGUCUGAUUUCUCAAAGGAUGUCUUCUUUGUUGCCGUUUCCUUGGACUGCCGUUACAGUUGUGAUGCAGAGAGUAUGUGGAAGGUCGAGGUAACUUCAUUAUGAUACUCCGACACCCUCGGUCUUCACUUGAGACAAAGUGCCCUCAGCUCCAUGAAACUGGAGUAAAUAAUAAAAGAUCAUGUCUGCAACUCCACUGUGUUUCUGCUUCGUUCUGCCAAUCCUAUUGGUUAGAAAACACUAAUACGGGUGUUGCUCCUCUGUGGAGUUGUAAGCGCCUUUUCAGAUCCCAGAACCAUUAGUGAGCAGUUCCCCUAGCCUCCAUUCAGAGAUAUCAGAGCAGCUUUUACUAGAGCAAAGCCGGUGUGUGGAAGGUCUCUAGCUACUAACAAUGCCAGUAAUGUGUACAGGAGCAUCCCUGAUUCACCUCGUGUUUUGUUUGGAAUAUGUUCAUUGGUCCUGUUUCUUUUUGAAUACAAUGGAGUUUUUUAUGAUAAAGGGGGACAGAGUUGUUCUAACGCUACUACUCGCCCAUUUUGAGUGUCAUUCCCUUUUCCUCUGUAUGUUUCGCACAGUGUGUUUUUAUAACUUAGGCCUCUGUGGAUUGUGGGACAUUAUAGCAGAGAGUUUGACUCUCUUGUGGGAUAUUAUAGCAGAGAGUUUGACUCUCUUGUGGGACAUUAUAGCAGAGAGUUUGACUCUCUUGUGGGACAUUAUAGUAGAGUUCCAAUAACACCCUCUCUGCUGCUCUCUGUCAGUUAUAAAGAAUUUGGUAUUGCUUAUGUUAAGACUGGAAGAGUGAUGCCGUAACGUUGGUGGUAUACCCAAUACAUUACUGGGAGCUUGUAUAUAGUGUGUGAGUCUUUAUUUUUAUAGCCUACAGUUUACUCACCAUUAGUCAGCACCUCCUACACAACAUUUUUCUGAGUGUGAGCCAACACAUGCUUUUUUAUACGACUGGAAGUUCACCACUUUUCACUGCAUUCCACACUAUAUGUCAAAACUCACGAUCAUAUACCCAUUAUAUCAUGUUAUACACAGAAUAAUAUAUUUCACAUGGGCCACACCCCCAGAGAGGCCUUUAGUCUAUGGGCCCUGUGUGCCAUAAAAGUUUGAUAAAUGUAUACAUGGUUUGUGUUUUCUAUGUCAUAAGUUUCAUUGUUGAAAUUGAACAGGAGUAAAUGAACUGGUGUGUGAUUUAGAGUAUGGAUGCAAGCAUUGAUACAUUGAUAUGUUGUCCUUAAUUGUUGAUGUGUUUUAUUGAAGUGUGUUGCAUGUAUGCAGAAUAGUACAUGUUGCACAAUAUCAAUUUGGUGACAUGGUGAAUUUAUGUACUUAAAUUAAUAGAUGUUAGAUGAAGCAUUGAAAACUCCCAAUGAUCUGGUUUUGUGGAUGAGUAAAUGAUAAGUACAUUCAUAUGCCAGUGGUUUGAUGGUCGGGGGUGAGGUAUAGUUUUUCUCUUAUAUCUCUAUAAUUAGGAAACUUAUUUAGUCAGUGGGUGAAAAUAAUAUACAAUGUAUUGACUCAGUUUGAACAAAAUGUAACCUCACAAUCUUUCUUUGAAAAAAAUUGUAUUACAAAAGGCCAAAUAAAAAAUAGAAGAUGUUGAAUACA